GCCAUGCUCGCCGCGCGCAUGAAGCUCCCCGCCUGGGAGUACCGCGACCGCGUCGCCGCUCUGGUGGCGGCGCACGACGUCGUGCUCGUCGCCGGCGAGACGGGCUGCGGCAAGUCGACGCAGGUGCCGCAGUUCGUGUUGGACGGCGACCCGGAGGCGCGCAUCGCCUGCUCCCAGCCCCGGCGCAUCUCGGCCAUGGCCGUCGCCGAGCGCGUCGCGAGCGAGCGCGGGUCGCAGCUCGGCAGGGAGGUGGGCUUCCACGUCCGCUUCGAGUCGAGCUUCUCGGACGCGACGAGGCUAUGCUUCGCGACGCCGGGCGUCCUCCUGCGGAAGCUCGGGUCGGACCCGGACCUCGUGGCCUACACGCACUUUAUUCUGGAUGAGGUCCACGAGGAGGACCGGGACACGGAGUUCUUAUUGGUCGCGCUGCGGGAGUUGGUGGCGCGGCGCGCGAACCACGACACGCUCCCCCGGCUGCGCCUCGUCCUCAUGUCGGCGACGCUCGCCGCGGACAAGCUCACGGAGUACUUCGGGGGCUGCCCGCGCAUCUCCAUCGGCGGGUCCAACUUCCCCGUGUCCACGUUCUUCCUCGAGGACGUGCUCAAGCAGACGAAAUACGUCACGCUCCCC